AUGAAUCUUAUGAGAGCUGGCAUACAUAAUAUUGGUUCAUCAAGAGUACUCAAACAUCUUGCUCAAAGAGAAAGCCUUAAUGCUACCAAACAGAUAAACAGACGAUUCGCUUCAUUUAAAGCGCAACGGUCAGCAGAAACCAAAACGAUACCGACCUAUUAUCUUGAGAUGAAACGUAGCGCAUCGUCGUCCACUAAAGCCACCUCGAGGGCUAAGAAACCUCGCGCUGAGGUACCUGAAUACCACUUAACACCUCCUGUACGAGAUGAAUCAGGCAAAAUUAUAUGGCCAGCUCCCAGAGCGCAGAUUGAACGGGCUCGGAGUUUCAUUUUAGAGUGGCACGUCCUCGCUUCGGCGAAAAAGAAGACAUUGAUUGUACCAGAUAAGGACGCUGAUGGGUUGACUUCGGGUGCUAUAUUACAGAAGACACUGGUGCUAUUAGGCCUGGAGCCGAAUCUAAUAGUGGCGCAUCUACUGCAGAAGGGGCACAAUAUCCAUGAUGAGAGCGAGCGUACUGCUAUGGCUACGCAUAAGUCGGAGUACAUAUUUGUCCUUGAUCAGGGCUCUCGAAAAUCACCUCCGGUCAUUAAUGGCUCUCAUAAGGCGCUGGUAAUCGACCACCAUUGGGCGCUAGACGACGAUUUCCCUGAAAAUUCAGGACAUGUCUCAGCAUGCCACUCACCGCCAGUAGCCACAAGUUCACUGCUUACUUACCACAUAUGUAAUGAACUACACGAUAAAGUCCACGACACCUGCGAUUGGUUAUGCGCAAUGGGAACCCACGGAGAUUUAGGAAAUACGCUGAAAUGGGAGCCGCCGUUUCCAGAUAUGAAAGCAACUUUCAAGACGUAUACAAAGAAAGCGAUAAACGAAGCCGUAUCGCUUAUAAAUGCCCCUCGCCGAACAGCAACAUACGAUGUUACGGCGGCUUGGGAUGCGCUAACUGCUGCUGGCUCUCCCUCGGAGUUACUGAAAAGCGAGAGCCUUCUGGCUGCUAGGGCUGAAGUAAACGCUGAAGUAGAGCGCUGUACGCACACAGCCCCUAAAUUUUCAGGCGAUGCUAAGAUCGCUGUAUUCCGCAUCAACUCCGCUGCGCAGAUUCACCCAGUCAUAGCGACACGCUGGGCUGGACAUCUGCAAUCGCCGAAGUUAGAAGUAAUUCUAGUAGCUAAUGAGGGUUAUCUCCCCAGCAUGGUCAACUUCUCAUGUCGGAUACCCCGAAGUGCACGGUCGAGGGAUCCGCCGGUGAAUAUUAUCGAAGUGCUAAAGGGAACUGCUGACAAGGCGCCGAACCCGACUUUGCGGGAGAGACUUGGUGAGUCGUUUGCGAGGGGACAUAAGGAGGCGAGCGGAGGUAUUGUCCCCAAGGCGGAGUUUGAAGAGCUUAUGGAUAUUCUGGAGAUUGGGAAGAAGCUUGACAGUAGUAGCGGUAGUAGUCCGAAAAAAGCGAAGGAUGCGGUACCGAAACAGUCGAAUACUCUUACGAAUUAUUUCAGCAAACAAGCUGCUAUAUGA